AUGCCUAAAGCAUUCAGCGUCCCACAUGAUUCAGGUGGUCGCCGUACUCCGCCAAAUCCCCCACCGACCAGGAAAACCGGCCUCUCUAUGAGCGACUUCCAGUAUCAAGGUCCUCUAGAAGACGACCCUGUUACCACCAUAGCCCGUGGUCUCCGCGAGAAACGACUGCGAUUCACCAAAAAGAUACCGAACGAUCACGACAGCGAUAUCUGCUCACCAAGAGACCGUCGCAGUGCCCUUUCCGUAUUCGACGAAGCCAUCGAAAAGAUCUGCGAAGGCAACCGCCUGGAAGUAACUACGGAGGCCGACUACAAGAUCAGGGUGAUCUUAGGGAUCACCAAAGCGCAACCCUCUGCUUCUGUGUUCCAGAACAAGCAACAACUCUCGCCCAUAGAUCCCCAGUAUGCAGAGCCACGCAUCGAAUGGCACGACGAUCCAUACAGCUAUCACUCAACUUGGAGGUUGCAGCAUUGGCGCAAAGACGGCUGGCCUGAUUCGUUUCCUGAGAGGGCCAUCCAGAAAGAACGAACUAUGCAAGGGGAGCCGAGGUCUUGGAAAGAUCAAGACUGGGCUGAGCCUGGAGGACUUAAGGUGGCUCCUGCUGAAGAACAGACCGCUCUACCCGAACGACAGGAUGCCAAUCCUUCAAGUACUUCUACAACCCAUAUCUCACAGCGUGUUACAAGAUCCAAGAGCCACCAUAGUGGAACUUCUGCAUGGGUUCGCCGUACUACACGUAAUGUGAACGAGGUUUCUACGGAUCAAGUUCUUACCGAAGAGGAGCAGCUGGAAGCCGCUCUGGCCGAGUCUUUGGCACAAGCGUCCGCGAGGCCCGCCCAGGAAGGCCCAGUAAAGCAGACACGGAAGAGGCCCUCAAAGUCCAGGGGUCUCCUGACUUCGCAGAAAGCGCAGGAAGCAUUACCUCGACUCCAUGGACAACACACUGCUCUGAAGCUGCCAAGACUAAGAAUUACAAACGACAGAAUAUUGGUUGUAAGGGAAGUAGACAGCCUAGCGCAAUCGCUGGAUACUGACGAACCAUUGGAUGCUUUCGAUCUUGAGCAAGCUAAGGACCUCGAACGUCAACGGCAACUCCUAUAUUUAGCAAAGCUCGAACGGCAGGAAGGCUACAUACCCCCUGUUCAAGGUGAGCAAGAAAGCGCCAUGCGCAGCACGCUUGUUCACGAUGUGGAUAACGAUGACUUCACUGCUGCAUUCAUCCUAAGGGAGAUGGCAAACAGUGACAUCACUGCUGAUCCUGAGAGCAUGGACUUUGUCCAGAGGCUCAUGAAUCCGUCCGCUUCUGGAAGGACUUUGGAGUCGACCCACUCGGCUAAUAAAGAGAACACGCGCGAGGAUCCACCCCUUCGUCGUUCGACACGAAAUAAGACUUCCGCUGCUCCCGGAAGUAAAGAUUUGUGCUCAAAGACCAUCGAAUCUGAGCAACCAGCACCUGAGCCCUUGAAACUGGAUGAGGGCGAAGGUUUCAUGCCAUCCGCGGAAAAUGACUUCAAGUUUAAGUACGACAGCCCUUCCGGACUUCAAGCUAAAGAACUUGACGCACUUCUGAAGCCUCCGAGUCGUCCUAAGGCCUUUCCGGCUGAUCUUGCUGGUGAGAAGACUUUCGGCCAUAAGAGCUACAAAGGUUUUGGUAGUAGGCCGAAGGAGAAUGCUGCAAACGAUAGGGUCAGAGAAAUGGAACUCGAACAUGCGCGAACACAGCAAGACGUAGAGAUGGCUAUGGAGCAAGAGGAUAUGUGGAGCGAGUUUUGGGGUGUUGAUGAAUGGAAGGAGUAG